UCAGAAUCAAACCUAGCUCGAUAUAGGAGACAACCAAUGGCAACAGUUGACCCAGGUCACGCGGAUCGACGCAGCCGGCGAAAAGCUGUUUGCGGCGAAUCUUACGAUCCUGCCACCGACACGGAAGCGAUACCCAAAAUAACACCGAAAAGUCCCGAAUUGCGCGAUAAGCUGCUUGAUAUCGCAAGCAAUGUCGUCGUAUUCAUGGGUUUGGAUGAUCGCCAGAUGAGUGAGGUCAUCGAUCAUUUAUCGGAGCGAACAGUGAAGGCUGGUGAAGUCAUAAUGAGGCAGGGCGAUCCUGGGGACUACUUCUAUAUUGUUGACACCGGGAAGUUUGAUGCAACGAUUAAUGGGAAAAAGGUGUCAACCUAUGACAACAAGGGCUCGUUUGGUGAGCUGGCCCUUUACUACGAUCAACCUAGGGCAGCAACUAUUACGGCUGUGACUGACGGAAAAAUGUGGAAGAUUGACCGGACGAUGUUUCGCCGAGUAGUUCUCCGUAAGGCCUACGAACUGCGACGAGGCUAUAAUGAACUGAUAGCUUCGGUGCCUAUUUUCGAGUCACUGACCCCCAGGGAACGACUAACUUUAUGCGACGCACUCAUUCCAAGACUCUACAAAGAUGGUGACGUUAUCAUCAAACAGGGCGAUGAAGCUGAUGGGAUGUACUUUGUGGAACAAGGUAACGUAGAUAUAUAUGUGAAGUCGAAAGAUGGAACAGAACAGUUGGUUAACACUCUUGCGAGGGGCAACUAUUUUGGAGAACUUUCUUUACUGACCGAAAAACCUCGCGCAGCCACAGUCAUUGCUAGGGGCGAUGUUCGAACAGCCUUUCUGUUUGUAGCAACCUUUGAGCGGCUGCUAGGCAAGUGUACUGAUGUUAUGCGGCGCAACAUCAGUAACUAUGAAGCACAGUUAAUAAAAUUGUUCGGGUCAAUGGACGCAGUCAACAAGCUCCGUUAGUUGACCUACAAGGACCUUUAUCUCGCAGGCCCGCGAAGGAUCAAAUGGCAACAGAAUAUGUCAAAAUGCUUUUUCCAGUAAAAAGCUAUCGUAAUAAAUAUACGCUUCUGCU